UACAGUGAUUGUGUUUAGUGUAGUUGUGGCUCUUGUGAUUGGAACUCCAGUACCAUCAAACAUACACAAGUGCACCGAGUGCUCACAACACGCUCGAUCACUGCUCACCAACCUCUCACAUGUCAUUGACAAGGGACUGAUGAAGAAUGAUCCUUUGUUUGCUGGGUUUAACUGUACUGAACUGGCAAUACAAAUGAAUCCCUUCACUCAGACAGGAGUUGUUUGUCAGCCCAUCACAUCUCCUAACGUGUCAUGUGUCAACCAAAGAAACUCGACAUUUAGUGAGACUGAGUGUCUGAGGAACAUCCGAGAUGAUCUGUGUUAUUAUAAUGACUUACUGAACUCUUAUAUGAAGGAUGUCCAGCAGGCCAAGAAUGAUUUGAAUCCUGUUGUGAACACUACAAAAGACCUCAUGACUUGUUUGCAACAAAGCUGUCCAACGCUGCCCAAGUGGACCGUUUGGCGUGGCUCGUCCUUUGAUGACCGUGUGUCCCUGUGCAAAACACUGAAGGGCUUCCACGUUCGGGCCAUCACUAUCAACAGAGCUCUGAGCUACGUCGCCUCUGGAGACCACAGGAAGUGAUUAAUUUACUGUCUACCACUGACACACACCAAUCGCAUCACAUGACUGUAGAGGAUUUAACACAUCAAACUAAAGAUGACAGAAACACCAGCAAAGAAUAUAUAAGCUACAUGUUAUGAGGCUAUUGAGUUGGAAUAUUUAUAUAUGAUGUAUGUUAAUUAUUUAAUCUAUUUAUCUAAGUAUUUAUUUGCAUGUAUGAG